UCCAGCAUAUUGUUUCGCAGACUUCGCCUACAGCUUCUUUGCUGUAUAAGCGUAGAAUAUAUACACCUGGGAAAGCAAUUAGAGAGAGAUGAACUUCCAGCGCAGAGCUCACCCUUAUCCCAUCCCGGAGGAUGAAGAGGUUGUACACAAGGUCGCUCCUGAUGCUCGCAACUCUGCAGGAAACGAAGGCGAGAAACCGGUGUCAAAAUUGCAACGUAGACACAGUGACAUAAAACUCUACAAAGAGUUUUGUGACUUUUAUGCAAGAUUCAACAUGGCGAAUGCACUUGCAAAUGCCAUCUGUGAGCGCUGCAGAGGUGGCUUUGCCCCUGCCGAGAAAAUCGUCAACAGCAAUGGUGAGCUGUACCAUGAGCAGUGCUUUGUCUGCGCCCAGUGCUUUCAGCAGUUCCCCGAAGGGCUCUUCUACGAGUUUGAAGGGAGGAAGUACUGUGAACAUGAUUUUCAAAUGCUUUUUGCCCCUUGCUGCCAUCAAUGUGGUGAGUUCAUUAUUGGUCGUGUUAUUAAAGCUAUGAACAAUAGCUGGCAUCCAGAGUGCUUCUGCUGUGAUAUCUGCCAACAAGUAUUGGCUGAUAUUGGAUUUGUCAAGAAUGCCGGCAGACAUCUCUGCCGUCCUUGCCAUAACAGGGAAAAAGCCAGAGGGCUGGGAAAGUACAUUUGCCAGAAGUGCCACGCUAUUAUUGAUGAACAGCCUCUCAUAUUCAAAAAUGAUCCUUAUCACCCUGAUCAUUUCAACUGUGCAAACUGCGGGAAGGAACUUACUGCUGAUGCACGUGAGUUGAAGGGAGAAUUAUACUGCUUACCCUGCCAUGACAAAAUGGGUGUCCCCAUCUGUGGGGCAUGUAGAAGACCAAUUGAAGGCCGUGUGGUGAAUGCUAUGGGCAAGCAAUGGCAUGUGGAGCAUUUUGUUUGUGCCAAAUGUGAAAAGCCAUUCCUGGGUCAUCGUCACUACGAGAGAAAAGGCUUGGCGUAUUGUGAAACCCACUACAAUCAGCUCUUUGGUGAUGUCUGUUUCCAUUGCAACCGUGUGAUUGAAGGAGAUGUCGUGUCUGCUCUGAAUAAGGCAUGGUGUGUGAACUGUUUCGCUUGUUCAACUUGCAACACUAAGUUAACACUCAAGAAUAAAUUUGUUGAGUUUGAUAUGAAGCCUGUCUGCAAAAAGUGUUACGAGAAGUUUCCUCUAGAGCUGAAGAAAAGACUGAAGAAACUAGCUGAAACUUUGGGAAGGAAGUAAAGACUUCAUCUGCUCUCCCUUUCCUUUGUGGAAAUCUUAUACAUAUUACUGGGGGGGCUGCUCUGAGGCUGCAAUCAGACAACAAAUGAUGAUAUAUACCUUCUAUCAAAUCUCUGUUCUCUAUACACCUACAUGUAUACUUAUUUGUUGAUAAACAGACCAGCUCACCUGAAAGGUUUCUGACCCUGAUAAUGCAGUUGAACUGAUGCAAGUGGCCCAUUCAGCACAGUAAUCUCUGCGGAAAUCUACAGAGACAGAAAAAUUGCUUGUGAAUACCUGCGAAAACAAACUGUGCAAAUGUGUCCAACUUCAGGGGCCUGUAUUGUAAUUUAUAUUAAUGAAAGUAUUAACCUUCAAAUAAAGCAUGCACACAAAACUUGCCCAAGUCAGGUGACUUGGGCAAGAAACCAACAUACUUCACCUUAUGGAAAAAAUCACACGUGGAUUUCAGGCCAAGGCGUCUCAUUAAAGGAGCCUUGUUUCAGAUGGUUUGAAAAGUAUCAGAUUUCUAAAUACAGUCACUGUACAAAUUAUCUACUUCUGAUAGAUUAUGCCUACAUGAUGAAUCUUUGUGCAUCAGGCUUAGCAUGAAAUACCUAUAUAAAAUAUAUAUUCCUAUUGCAAGAAAUGAGUAUACUCAGAACUACUUGAAUUUUGCUAUAUUCCACUCAAAAUAACACAUUAACUUUUAUAUAUGCUUUUGCAUUCUAUUUACUUUUUGUGCCUUAUUCUGCUGGACCAUACAUAACAGUGUUCCAUUAAAUAUAUAUAUAGUUUUAUUUUCUAUUUCGUAUUUUUAUGCAGAAACUAUAUACAAGUUAUUUUCAAAAGAUAACAUACUUUGCCUUAACUAUACAGGAUGUGAGAAGUAUUUUAUUUCAAAUGUGAACACCUGACCUUAAAACAGAACAAGACUGCAAAUGAGUAUUUCAAUUAACUGGCAAUAUUACUUUUACACCUAUGAGUGUAAAUAUACAAGAUUUGAUCCUGCUAGGAUCUAUUUCUUCAGCCAUCCUCAAGAACUGAGCUCACAAAUCAUCAGAAUUCCUUAUGACAUACAUUUACUUGUUUUAUACUAUUGACUUCUGUCCAUGCAAAUCUGUUUUAUUUUUCCCUUUCUUAUAGAAAAUGCAGUUACUUAGGACUUCUUGAUGGUACUACAUUAUAAAGUAUGCAAACAUUUUUUAAUUUUUUUUAUAUUAGUGACUUAAAUAGAUUUUAUGUAUUUACAUCAUAGGAAGUUAAAUUCUCUUUCCUGUUUAUGAAAAAUUAGUUGCUUUAAAACGUCUGCUUUCCAGUGUCAUCAAUAAAGGCUAUGUUAUUAAACCUUG